AUGAAUAUUAACAGUAAUAGCAAGCCAAGUCUUUAAGAAUAUCUUGAUAAAUUAAAGCAAAUCCAAGAUGCGAAUAAUAGGAGACUAAGUUAAGCAAAAUCCCAAACUAAUGCCUCAAAAAUAAUGACUCCGAAGACAACUUCACAAUUAAAAUAGCAAACAAAAUUAUCUACUGAUCGUUCUCACUCUUAACAUAAGUUGGUGCCCUUUUUUUAGAAUAGGAAAGUGUCAAGCUCAAAGAGAUAAACUAGUUAGGCUGAUGAACCUAAAAUACCAAUCUCUAUUUCUGGUAUAACAAAAACAGUAGAAGCAACAUCUCCAAGAACGGGUGAGUUGGAGGAUAUCAAAAAAUAAUUAAAUUAAUGGUUUAUUAAGGAGAGUAAGAACAACAAUACUGGUGGAUGUCUUUAAUUAUUGGAACCAACAUUAGUUCAUAAUAUUUGUAUAAUUAAGUUUAUAAUUCGUAGUGAAAUUACCUCCCAGAUAGAAAAUCAAUUCAGAACUCAGAGCUUCUCUUUCAGCUAAAGACAUGUUGGAUAACACGGCACUUCAUUAUGCAGCCAAAAAUGGGAAUGCUUAAUUAACAUCUGCAUUAAUAUUUAAGUAAAUUGCUAUUGAUGCAUAAAACAAAGAUCACAUGACCCCAUUAAUUUUAGCAGCCUUAAAGUAUUGAAUUGAUUAAUAACAUAUAAGUGGAUAGGAUGAAGUCUUGAUGAUACUGAUGAAUGCAGGUUCAGACAUCAAUCACUAAGAUUCUUUUGGAAACACAGCAUUACAUUAUGCUUGUAAAUAGAAUCAUAAAACAGUCGUCUAGUUGUUAUUGAAAAGACAAUCGAUUUAGUUUAAAAUCAAUAAAGAACAUAAAACUGCUGAAUAGUAUGCAUAAAAUGAGGAAAUCCAACGUUUAUUCUAGAAUUAUAGUGAGGAUAUUAAAAAACUAUGUAAGUUAUUUGUUAAUCUUAAUUUAAGAAUAGAAAAUGAAUAUGGUCUAAAUAUAGAAUACUUAAAAUGAUGUCAUUCUUAAAAUGUUUUAAUAUAAAAGAGGAUAGAUGAAUUAAUAAUAAUAAUAACAAUAAUAAUAAUAAUAAGGAAUUUAAUAAUAAACAUAACAAAAUUUUGCUUAAACUCCAACUCAAUUAAAUAGUUAUUCAUGCAAAAAUUUAAAUGUAGUAAAUAAACAGUCAUCUUCUCCAAACAAUAGAACUUAACAAGAAAUUAAAUAGGAGAGAUUAAACAAAAUAAACUCAACUCAUUCUGCUAAAUAAUAGUUAACCAAUACAGUUUCCACGAACUCUGAUUCUAUUAAGAAUAAGGAAGAAGAAAAGAUUGGACCUUAGUAAUUCCAAGUAAUUGGAUUAAUUGGAAAGGGUAGUUUUGGAGAAGUAUAUUUAGUAUAGAAAAGCAAUUAGUUAUAUGCAAUGAAAGUGCUUCAUAAAAGCAGAAUUAUGAGUACAAAUAUUUUUAAUAAUAUAAUUAGAACAUAAUUUGACCAGAUAUGCUUUAACGGAAAGGAAUGUACUAUCAAUAACCUCUCAUCCCUUCAUAGUUAAAUUAAGAUUUGCCUUCUAGACUUAGGAUAAAUUGUUUAUGAUUUUAGAUUAUUGUCCAGGAGGGGAUUUGGGAGAAGUCCUAUAAAAAUAGAAGAGACUCCCUGAAAACAUAGUGAAGAAUUAUUUAUGUGAAAUUGUUUUAGCCUUAGAAGAUUUACAUAAACGGGACAUUAUAUUUAGAGAUUUGAAACCUGAUAAUAUUGUUUUGGAUACUGAAGGUCAUGCUCUUUUGACAGAUUUUGGAUUAUCAAAGGAAGGAAUCUUAGAACCUAAUACUGGUGCUAGAUCAUUUUGUGGAUCAGUUGCAUAUUUGGCACCUGAAAUGUUGAAGAGAUCUGGUCAUGGAAAAGCAGUUGAUUGGUAUUUGUUAGGAGUUGUGAUGUAUGAAUUAUUGGUUGGGUUGCCUCCUUAUUAUGCUAACAAUAGAGAGGAAUUAUUUUAUAAUAUUGAAAAUGCUUAACUCAAAAUACCUUCAUAUAUUUCUAAUGAGGCUAAAAAUCUCUUAAAAGCAGUAUCAAUUUAUUAUUUAUUCAAAUAGUUAUUAUAAAGAAAUCCAGCCAAGCGUCUAGGUUCUGGCAAAGGAGACUCAGAAGAAAUCAAGGCACAUCAAUAUUUCUAGGAUGUCAAUUGGGAAGUUGUCUACAAUAGAGAGUUAACAAUGCCUAAGCCAAAUAGGAAAAUUAGAAUCAAUACUAAAAUUGAUGGAAAUGUGUUCGAUAUGCAAAGUAUAGUAGAGGAAUCCAAAGCACAUUUAGGAGGAUGGACUUUUGUUAAUAAUGAUGAGUUAUGA